CCAAUUUCCUGAUUCGGCCUUCCUUGGCAAACCGACAUUGACCACCGGCGAGCGGAGUGUAUGGCAGCUUUGGCUUUCCGUACAAUUGGGCAUUUCAUAGCGUCGUGUGAAAAACACGCCAUUUUCUCAAAAAAUCUUGCGGCUAGAAUAUAUUCUCGGAUUGUCUUGGAUUCUUGGGACCAUGGAUCUCAGUGACCUCAUCAACGUAAUGGUGCAACAGGAGCUAUCGAUUUACAAGACACAAGACUACUUGCAGCCUGAAUUUCAGGAGAAGAUCGCUUUGCAAUCGGUCAAAGAUUUCCCCAUGCUCUCCAAUUUUUCUGUUGGUUCCUCUUCGUCCUCGUCAUCCUCCCCCAUCAAUGAAUUUUGGAGAGAGAAAAUAUGCGAAUGGUCGUUCCAAGUGGUGGACCAUUUCAACUUUUCUAGAGAGGUUGUUUGCGUUUCUAUUCACAUGCUCGACCGAUUCCUCAGCACCCGUUCAGUCGAUAAGAAUACUUUCCAAUUAGCCGCUAUGACGACUCUUUUCGUCUCUAUUAAGCUCAGCGAACCGGGUCGUCUCAGCAUGCGAUCCAUGAUCGAAUUGAGCCGUGGGUACUUCAAAGUUGAGCAAAUGGCCGCCAUGGAGAUGACUAUCUUGAGGUCACUUUCAUGGCAGAUUCAUCCUCCGACCGCAUAUUGUUUUCUGAAGCAUCUGUUGUUUCUACCAACCUUCCACUGCGUGCCAAUGGAAAUGAGAUACGAUGUUCUCGAGCUUUCUCGGUUUCUGACGGAGCUGAGCGUUAUGGACUAUUUUUUUGUCAUCUACCGCCCCUCCAGUGUUGCCAUCGCAGCCCUCCUUAUUGCCAUGGAGGCUAAUCCCGGAGUGACAAGAACUAGACUCAGCGACUUCAGCAAAGAAAUCGGCAAACUAAACCAUUUGGACACGCGUUGCAAAGAAGUUCUUGAUUGCCGCAACCGUAUUCGUCUUUUGUACGUAGAUGGCGGCUAUGCCGACAAUCAAGCCAUUCGUGCACAAGAAUCCCGAACCGAGACUGUUUCUCCCAUAUGCGUUUCCUAUGGAUGCACGACUUAUCCCGACUUUGCUUGACUUUGACCUCAAAUAUCCUCGCUGCUUUUGAUAUCAGCCUUGUAUGUUCUACUUUCUUGGUACUCAAUCGGUGUAUUUACAACAAAUCCACACGUCUGAGGCACUUUUUACAUCACAACAAUCAAUUUCAUGUACACUCUUUCUUCUCCGAGAGCAAAACUUGCCCUGAUAGUAGUGCUAGCACUCAAUGCUGUAUGGCUCUUUCUUGCUUUUCUUGCUUUCACUCACCUCGAGGUAGUGUCGAUACUCUAUCGCCUCUUUCUCUAUCAUUUAUUGCAUGCACUUCAAAAAAUAAUUAAAGCACAUCGCUUUUCUUGAAA